AUGCGUAUUUCUAUCCUUGGCGCGGUUCUCGCGCUCUCUUCCGUCGUCACCUCCUUUCCGACCGGCUUCCAGGACCAGCGGGUGUUGGGCGAGUCUGAUCAUCUUCGUUUGAUUUCCGUUGGUGAAGAUCAUGCGGAGUGGCUCCCCGAGUCCGCGAAGCUUGAAUUGAGGCGUAGUGGUGUCAAGUUCAUGGACAUCACCGGGUACGAGGAUCUAGGUGCAUUGAAUGCUGAGCGAUUCGUCGCAGCUGCGGUCAAGUUCCCUAAGGAGCCUAAGUACCAGGAGGAAGUUGGGCCUGUGCUCAAGAACCUCACCACGAAGAACAUGAAGGCGAACUUGGAGAUCUUCACGCACUUCCACAACCGAUACUACAAGUCGGAGAAUGGUGCCGCAUCCGGGAAGUGGCUCUACGAGAUGGUCAACAAGACCGCUUCUGCUGAUCCUAAGAUCAAGGUCUCUCAGUUCCACCAUCCAUGGGGUCAGCACUCCGUCAUUGCCCACAUCCCCGGAAAGAAGAGCAACAAGACGGUCGUCAUUGGUGCCCACCAGGAUUCCGCCAACCUCUUCCUCCCUAGCAUCCUCUCAGCACCCGGUGCCGACGACGACGGUUCCGGUACCGUCACUACUCUUGAAGCCUUCCGUGCUCUUAUCGCCCAGGGCUUCAAGCCUGACAACAACGUCGAGUUCCACUGGUAUUCUGCUGAGGAGGGUGGCUUGCUCGGAUCUCAAGCCGUCUUUGCCGAGUACGAGAAGCAGCACCGCGAUGUCAUCGCCAUGUUGCAGCAGGACAUGACUGGCUACAACGCCAAGACGAUCGCUAACGGUGGUCCUGAUGCCGUGGGUGUCAUUACUGACUUUGUUCACCCCGGCCUCACUGACUUCAUCAAGACCAUCAUCACCGAGUACUGUGACAUUGGCUUCACCGAGACCAAGUGUGGAUACGCUUGCAGUGACCAUGCCAGUGCUUCCAAAGCUGGUUACCCGAGUGCGUUUGUGAUCGAGUCUACUUUCGAUGACUCGAACAAGAACAUUCACACUACGGAGGACACCAUUGACAAACUCUCCUUCGAGCACAUGUUCCAGCAUGCCAAGCUUACUGCGGCUUUUGCUGUUGAGUUGAGUCAUCUCUAG